AUGGCCCAUUCAGUCCGAGGCUCGCUCACUUUGACCAUCCUUUCCUGUCUGCUCCUUGUGGCGGCGUCACCCACUCUCUGGCAUGUGGCUCGUCAAGAACCUGUGCCUGUUAUUAUACCUGCAGGGUUCGCUGGCGGUCCCGGAGUGGCCGUCAUCGGCAUCUGCUUGAAACUCAUCAUCUCGACAAUCAUCGAUGGUGAUCACGAUAACGAGUCCGCCUUCACCCAGAGUACCGCUGCGCAGCUCCGAAAAAACUAUCCUGACAAGAAUGUCAUGGUCGUUCACGGCAACCACGACGCAUCGGGCUUGGUCAACAGCGUCCAUAACCACGUGGAACUUCCCGUCCAAGUUCCAAACACCAAAGGCUACGAGACAUACGUCUUCGACUACGGAGACUUUAACAUGAUGGGCGAUGGUGGUUUCAUAAACUGGUGCUUCAUGGGCAAUUUCGACCGGACUGGAGCCGGCCGUGUCUCAUUCCACCCGAUCCAGAGUCCUCCAGCCGUCAUUCCUGGAGACGUGAUUCCCCAGCCUCUACCCGGCCCCGGUCAACCUCCUCCGCCGGCGCCGCCCCAAGCGAUUGUUCCCCCGGCGCCACAACGACACAAUCUAGACGGAAUCUAUCUUGUCAACUGCCAAAGUGGUGAUCAACUGUCCAGUGGCGUUGCCUACUAUCGCAGUCUCCGAGAUGGUGGCAACUGGGGACAGCAGCCUGAUGACUACGUUGAUGUCACUCACGGCUCGUAUACGAAUUGGAAGACUCCCGGCUCAGUGGUAUUCCCGAGUACGAACACCAAAUUCUCCUGGUCGGUGUUUGGUAAUGGUCAAGAACUGCCGGACUAUGCGGCGGCUGGAAUGGCGGAUAAUACGUACGUCCAUUUCUGGAUCUACAAGGACAAACCCGGUGCGACUCUUUACACAGUAGAUGGAUGGGACUGCAAGUCGGUAUACUGGGGCUUUUGAGCUCAGGACUUGACAUCGGGUUACAUCUGCCGGCUUCAGCAUCGAACUUUAUCAGG